AAGGUUUAUGAGGGGCCAACGAGGAGAAGGAGGGAGAACACAUCAACGGUCCACCAGCCAUGCCUCCGAAACAAACGACUACCGGCAAACAAACGUCUGGACCGCGACGACAAUCCGCAGCUCCGCUGCAGGCCCCGCCAGCCCCACCUGGCAUUGUGUGCGCACCUGGCCUCGAGUACUUGGCGUUGGUUGAUCAAAUCAUAAUACAACAGCAAGUAGAACUCCUCGAAGCUAUUCUGCAUUACGAAACAUGCAACGCGUAUGUUGCGAAGAACUCCAUGGGACAAUUCAUGUACAAUAUUGCUGAAAAUUCUUCAUGCAUGGCACGGUGCUGUUGCGGGCCCAAGCGGCCCUUCGAGAUGGACGUAUUCGACUACAGAAACGUCGCCGUGAUGCAUUUCGUGCGGCCCUUGAGAUGCGUGCACUGCUGCUAUUGUUGCUGCCUGCAAGAAAUGCAAGUUCAAGCACCUCCAGGAAAAGUCGUCGCAAGCGUGGUUCAGAAGUGGUCCAUGUGCUAUCCGACGUUUGUCGUGAACGACCGCAAUCAGAGAAGAGUGUUGGACAUAGUAGGACCACUCUGCACUGCCAGCAUACCUUGUAAAUGCGACGUCGACUUUGAGGUGCGCAGUACCAAUGGCGUCGUCAUAGGCAAGAUCACCAAGCAGUGGAGCGGGCUCGCCAGGGAGCUGUUCACGGAUGCCGACACCUUCGGCGUCACUUUCCCAUUGGACUUGGAUGUACACGUGAAGGGCGCCCUCAUCGCAGCCACCAUGCUCAUCGACUACUUGUUCUUCGAGGAAACGCACCAAAAGGGCGGCGACGACGUUCUGCCGGGAAUGGCUGCAUGA